UGUGUGAAUUUAUUCAAAAAUAGCAUAUUCAAAGGAAAAAUGAUGAAAAUGGAUAAGGAGAAAAAAGAACAUAGAGUACAUAUCUUGUGUGUACCUUAUCCAAGCCAAGGCCAUGUAAACCCAAUGCUCCAAUUCUGCAAACGCUUAGUCUCCAAAGGAGCCAAAGCCACCUUCACCAUCACCAACUUCAUCUCCAAAUCCAUCAACCCUAAAUCCGACUCCGUCGAUAUCGCGUCCAUCUCCGACGGCUUCGACGCCGGCGGUUUCCAGCAAGCCGAGAGCGUCUCCGAUUACCUAAACCGGAUGGAAGUCGAGGGCUCGAGAACCCUAGAAAAUCUCAUCAAAUCGUACCGAGACCGAAAUUUGGCCGUAGAUUGCAUAGUUUACGAUGCGUUUUUGCCUUGGGUUUUGGAUGUGACGAUGAGAUUUGGUAUAAGGGCGGCGUGCUUUUUCACGCAGGCGUGUGCGGUGAACUAUGUGUACUAUUAUGUGCACCGUGGGUUGUUGGAUAUUCCGGUGGUGACGCCGCCGCCGGUGGAGAUUCCAGGGCUGCCGCCGCUAGAGUUGCCGGACUUGCCGUCGUUCAUGCACGUGAGUGGUUCGUACCCGGCUUACUUCGAGAUGGUGCUGAAUCAGUUCUCGAAUGUGGACAAGGCUGAUUUUGUGCUUGUCAACACGUUUUACAAGUUGGAGGAGAAGGUUGUGGAUUCAAUGACAAAAGUGUGUCCAAUGCUAACAAUUGGACCAACACUCCCAUCUUUCUAUUUGGACAACCGUAUCGAAAACGACGACAAAUACGACGUAAACCUCUUCCAAUCGGACCCCUCGCAAACAAUCCUCGAUUGGCUAAACACAAAGCCACCAAAAUCGGUCGUCUACAUAGCAUUCGGCAGCAUGGACAAUCUCCCCAAAGCACAAAUGGAAGAGAUUGCAUGGGGCUUGAACAACACCAAUUUCGACUUCCUUUGGGUCAUUAGGGUUUUCGACAAGGAAGAGAAGCUUCCGGAAAGUUUCGUCCGAGCCUCGUCCGAAAGGGCACUGUUCGCGCACUGGAGCCCGCAGCUGGAAGUUCUGUCGAACGAAGCCAUAGGUUGCUUCUUCUCGCACGGCGGUUGGAAUUCGACGACCGAGGCGUUGAGCUUGGGUGUGCCGAUGGUUGUGAUGCCGCAGUGGACGGAUCAAACGACGGAUGCUAAGCUCGUGCAAGAUGUUUGGGGAGUGGGGAUUAGGGUUAGGGUUUCCGAAGAAAAUGGUAUUGUGAGGAGAGAGGAGAUUGAGAGUUGUGUAAGGGAAGUGAUGGAAGGGGAGAAGGGGAAAGAGAUGAAGAGGAAUUGUGUUAAGUGGAGGGAUUUGGCUAAGGAGGCAGUUAGUGAGGGUGGUACUUCUGACCUAAAUAUUGAUGCUUUUAUUUCUAAGUUGGAAUGUUCUUGAUUUAGUUAUCUUAUCUUUGAAUUGAGAUGUGAUUCAAGAAAAUGGUGUGAUUAUUAAACCAAGGCCUAGGUUCUUAAUAAAGUAUGAUUGGUUUGUAGGAUGGGAUUAUGUAUGUGAAUUAAUGUGUUAUAACAAUGUCAUCUAAAAAUGUUGGAUUGUAUUUCUCUAAAAAAAAAGUGUUGGAUUGUACAAUCUCACCCCAUAUAUAGAGGGAGGGGCAAAUUACAGCCACUGUCUACGAAA